GGGGCGCGGGCAGCGCCUCUCGCGGCCCCCGCCCUGGCCAGCCGUCGUCUCGCGCAGGGUCCCGCCAUGGAGGUACUGGCAGCCAAGGUGCUGUGCCUGCUGGGCACGCUGGCGCUGAUGCUGCUGGGCGCCCUGCUGCCGGUCAAGGUGCUGGAGGCGGACCCCGAGAAGGCGCAGCGUUCCCGCCGGGCCCUCGCGCUCUGCAACGCCCUGGGAGGAGGCGUCUUCCUGGCCACCUGCUUCAACGCGCUGCUCCCCGCCGUGCGAGAGAAGCUCCAGGAGGUUUUGAAACUGGGGAAUGUGGCCACAGACUACCCCUUGGCAGAGACCGUCAUGAUGGUGGGCUUCUUCAUGACAGUCUUUGUGGAGCAGUUGGUCUUGACCUUCCGGAAAGAGAAACCUUCUUUCAUUGACCUGGAGACCUUCAACGCCGGCUCAGAUGUCGGCAGCGACUCCGAGUAUGAGAGCCCCUUCAUAGAGCCCUCCUGGGGGCACGGCCACCGGGGGGAGCGUGGCCGCCACAGCCACAGCCUGGACGUCUAUGAGCUGUCGCGUUCUGGCCCGCUGCGACUCUUCAGCCUGGUCUUUGCCUUGUCUGCCCACUCAAUUUUCGAGGGCCUGGCGCUGGGCCUGCAGGAGGAGGGCGACAAAGUCAUGAGCCUCUUCCUGGGGGUGGCCAUCCACGAGACGCUCGUGGCCGUGGCCCUAGGGAUCAACAUGGCCAAGACCGGGUUGAGGAUCAAGGAGGCGUCCAAGCUGGCUGGCACAGUCAGCCUGAUGAUCCCGCUGGGCAUCGGCAUUGGGAUGGGGAUUGAGAGUGCCCAAAAUGUGGCCAGCAGUGUGGCCUCAGUGCUCCUGCAAGGAAUCGCUGGGGGCACAUUCCUUUUUGUCACCUUCUUCGAGAUCUUGGCCAAGGAGCUGGAGGACAAGAGCGACCGGCUGCUGAAGGUGCUGUUCCUGGUUCUGGGCUACGCGGUCUUGGCGGGGCUCGUUUUCUUCAAGUGGUGAAGGAGCCCCCACCCUCCCUUUCCUUGUCCCAGGAUGGGUUGGGGUCUUCUCCCCGUGUGGCAGGAGGAGGCCAGGGAGCAGGGGGGCACUGAGAGUUGCUCCCGCUACUUUCGUCCUGCCUGGUGUGCAGGGGCUGGUUCCUCCCUGGCCAUUUCUUGACCCCCUCAGGGAGGUUGGGCAGCUGGGAAGACUCCAUCCUUUUCAGCUGCAGUGGCACCCAAGAAACAGGAGAGGACCUGCCGUUGCCCUCUGUGGAUCCAUCGUGCCAUCAGGCAGGCAGAUUGCUUAGGCGCGAACGUGCCCUUUAAAUGAAGGAUAGGGAAGGUUUCCCGAUCUCACCGCCCCACAUCCCCUCUGUUCUCUUGGGGAAAGGUCUGUCCAGACUGGCCUUUUGGAAAGCCGGGCGCUGCUGGGUAAUGCCCGGGAAGCUCAUCUCCUCAUGCCAGAAGGCAUUUUACCCCUGUGUCGAGGCUUUUGCUAGCUGGUGAAGAUUUUUUGGGAUUCAAAAAGGGAUGUUCCCCCUUGCCUGUAAAGCACAGGGUCAUCCCAGACUUCCUCCAUGCAGAGGUUCUGUCCUUCAGAGUUAGCCGCAUCUUAACUGGAGCCAUGACUGUCUGCCCAGAAGGCGGCGCGCUUUGUCCUUCUGAGAUAGCCCUUGCUGGGGCGGGGGGUGUCCCUCCUCUGUGUGGCCCAGGAGCGGGCUCUCUGCUGGACUGCCCCAGAACGGUUCUGUUGUACGCAGCUUGAACCUCCUCGUCUGAUCCUGCAUAUGAGAGGGAGAAGGGGGGGUGCUGCACGCUGGCCCAGAUCCAAGCAUCUUUAACCAAAGGGCUUCCAGGUGUCUCCAGGCAGCUUUGGUGCCCUCAGAAUUUGGCAGGGCUGUUUUCCCACAGAAAUAUUUGCCAGCAGAGUGCGUGGUCGCUUUCUGCCCCCAUCUCUGUCUACAACAGAGAGUCCACAAGAACCAUCACUGGGAUGGGCCUCUGUCUCCUUCGCAGGCAGAUGGCAGAGACUAGGCGGGUAUCCCCUGGGGAUCUCGGUGUGGGCGCUUCUGCUGGCAGAGAGCGUUGACCCUGUUGCCUGUUUGUGGUGUUGGCUUGUUUGCCAAGCUGUUAAUCCAGGCCCUCAAGCCGAGGCAAAGCGGGUGCUUGGCAUGCAAAGGCAGGGUAGAACAAGCCCGGUUGCCUUCUGGGCAAAGGUGCACAAGGAGGUAAAUGCAGAUCCAUGUCCCCCCACUGGCCCCUCCUGCUUCUGCAGCUGAGGGACUGCGAUUCCCGGGCUUCAGCUGCUCUGGGGCCGGAGUGGUUCCUUUGGUGGGAGGAGAGGCUCAGGGACCUCCAGUCCUGCCCACCCCCAGCCAUCAUGGCCCCCAAGCAGCAGCCUGCCCUCCUUCUGGGCUCCAGAGAGAGCCAGUCCCCCCUGCUCUGAGAGGGCCCAGGCAAAGCGGAGUUCGACCUUCUGCCCCACCAGACAAAGGCUGCUGGAACCAGGAGCUCAUAUCUGCUGGGGGGGGGGGCACUGGAGGGCCACCCAGCACUUUCCUGCCCUUCUGUUUGGCCAAGAGAAUGGAGUUCUGAGAGGGGGGGCGCCUUUCUCCCCAUCAGUGGUAGCUGGGGCCCAACACUGCACUGCUGGCCAUGGACGAGCAUCUGCCUCCCCCACCAUGCCCCUUUGUCCCGUCGGCACAACUGGAAAGUCCGCAGGGCCCACGUGCUUCCUCAGGUCUUCCGGGCUCACAGGGAGAGCUGGUCUGCUUGUGGGGUUGAGUGUGCGUGUGUGUUAUUUAUUGCCUUCCUGCUCUGGGAUAGGAUCAGACCAAUCUGGUUGGGUUGUUUUGUUACCCUUGGUUGGGGCAUCUUUAUGUUAAUCUCCAUUGCGCUAAAAUAGCCAGUCUUUGCGUACUGUAAUAAAUCUUUAUUGCCCUUUU